ACGGGUUUCACAUGGGCACCACCUCCCUUUACCGCCAUAAACAAGGAAGUGAGCUGUCAGCUGCAGCGGAGUGAUCAGUAUUAGCUGCGCGAGCACGGGUUCAAGGAGGUGUGCGCACGCCGGCUUGCACCGCAUCACUCGCCAUCCGCAAUGGACACUGACUCAGAUAAUGAAGGUGAACUCCACCGUGUGCCUAUCCAGGAGCCUUCAGAGCGGGUGACCAAGUGGAGGAACUUGACUGGCUUCUGGAUUCUCGGUCUGUGUAACAACUUCGCCUACGUCAUCAUGCUGAGUGCCGCACACGACAUCCUGAGCAAGCAGGGGGCAGGCAGCAACAGCACGCAACCUACCCCGGCCCCUGUCCCCACACGGAAUUCCAGCAACAGCAGCCGAUACGACUGCAACAGCCUGUCUACAGCGGCGGUGCUGCUGGCUGACAUUCUCCCUACCCUGGUGAUCAAGUUCACGGCCCCCUUUUACAUCCACCUCAUUCCAUACGGUUUCCGGGUGCUGAUAUGCAUCUUCACGGCCGCCGCCAGCUUCCUCAUCGUUUCCUUUUCCACGGGCGUAUGGAUGAGCCUCUUCGGUGUGGUGUUUGCUAGCAUCUCCUCUGGCUUGGGUGAACUGUCUUUUCUGAGCCUCACCGCCUUCUUCGACAGCUCCGUGAUUGGCGGUUGGUCUUCAGGAACUGGUGGUGCAGGAAUUUUUGGGGCCCUCUCUUACUCUGCCUUAACACAGGGAGGCUUGUCACCCCGGGACACCUUACUGGUGAUGCUCAUUGUUCCUGCUCUUAUGAUGGCCAGCUAUUUUUGUCUUCUGGUGCGCCCACCUUCUCUGCCACAGUGGAAGAAGAAGGACGACGGCUAUUUCAGAUCCUCCGAAGUCAGACGCCCUCUUCUGGAAGAUGAGGAACCCAACAAUGACGUCAGAGAGGCUGUUGACCUGAGCUUCACUGAGAAACUGUCCAUCAUUAGGGGCCUGCUGAAGUUCAUCGUUCCCCUGGCUGUCGUCUAUUUUGCCGAAUACUUCAUCAAUCAGUGCCUGUUUGAGCUCCUGUAUUUUCCCCAAGUGCCACUGAGGCAUUCAGAGCAGUACAGAUGGUAUCAGACGCUCUAUCAGGCGGGAGUCUUUGUGUCGAGAUCGUCGCUGAUGUGCGUGCAGAUUAGACGAAUCUGGCUGCUGGCUCUUCUGCAGUGUGUCAACAUGGUCUUCCUGCUGUUCGCUGUGUACUAUCAGUUCAUCCCCAGCGUCUACAUCGUCUUCAUCAUUAUCUUCUAUGAAGGUCUCCUGGGAGGUGCUGGCUACGUGAACACCUUCAACAACAUCAGCCGUGAGCAGAGCACAAAGGACCGCCGAGAGUUUGCAAUGGGAGCGGCGAGCGUGGCGGACACACUGGGCAUUGCACUGUCGGGCGCCAUCUCCAUUCCAGUGCAUAAUUACCUGUGCCAGCUUCCUUGAUGAUGGGGAAACACAAGUUGUGAUCGCCAAGGGUGCGUGGGUCACUCCAUGAGACCGGAGUAAUGGUGGGAAUGGAGGUAGGACUGGGAACUAUUUUAAGGUGAAAUCUCCCAGUUGUCCAUGUCUUGCAUUUCUAAAGCUUUCGUUCCCCCAGGCACUGCCCCUCGGAAUCUCCUUGUGCCAGAGAGCAGGGUGGGAGAUUAACUACCUGCAGGGGGCGCCACGAGGAGAGGCCAAAGCAACUGCAGGGUCUCCUCAGCAGGCUGAGGGUGGAGGUUGGCAUUGUGCCAUUUAAUUUAUGUGACAAAUAAAAAUUUGUUUUAA